AUGGAUGUGUUGGCUGAUUCUCCAGAUGGGGAAUACUCCAGGCCAUAUUUUGAGAGCCUGAAUUUGUCUGAAGGCCUUAAUACUAGCAAUCUGGCUGUUAAGCUGGCAUGGCCAUGUGUGGGCACACCACACAGAUACAGUUCCAGUACUGUACAUUUAACGCUUUUCACGACAGACUCUCUCCACAACGCAAGGAAAACAAAACCAAGGCCCCUAACGAGGGGACCGGGCUCCUCCGCUCCGGCAGGCGGCGGUGCGGCGGGAAGCGGCGCGGAAGUGCUGGGUGCCCCUCGCUCUCCCGGCCUGCUCCGGGUGUCCGCUGACCCCGGCCCUCCCCGCCGGCCGUGCGAGCGCGUCAUGGCCGCCUCGAAGCCCGUGGAGGCGGCGGGCGGUGGCGGCGGCGGCGGCUCGGGGCUGUCCCGCUGGCAGCUGGCGCUGGUGCUGGGGGCGCCCAUCCUGCUGGGGGCUGGCGCGCUGUACCUGUGGGGGAGGCGGGCGGCCCGCCGCGGCGGCAAGGGGGCGAGCGAGAGGAAGACCCCCGAGGGGCGGGCGAGCCCCGGGCCCGGAGCCUGCGGAGGAGGAGGAGGAGGCGGGCAGCCCGAUGGGCCCGGCCACCAGGAGACGAGCCCUCUUGAUAGAGCUCAAGCAGCCAAGAACAAAGGAAACAAAUAUUUUAAAGCAGGAAAAUAUGAGCAAGCUAUUCAGUGCUAUACUGAGGCUAUCAGCCUGUGCCCUCCUGAGAAAAACCUUGAUCUGUCUACCUUCUAUCAAAACAGAGCUGCUGCCUAUGAACAACUGCAAAAAUGGACAGAAGUGGCACAAGACUGUACAAAGGCUGUUGAGCUUAAUCCUAAAUAUGUAAAAGCUCUCUUCAGACGUGCAAAGGCUCACGAGAAACUAGACAAUAAGAAGGAAUGUUUAGAAGAUGUCACUGCAGUCUGCAUUUUAGAAGCCUUCCAGAACCAGCAAAGUAUGUUAUUAGCUGAUAAAGUUCUCAAACUCCUUGGAAAAGAAAAGGCCAAAGAGAAGUACAAGAAUCGUGAGCCUCUGAUGCCCUCACCACAGUUCAUUAAAUCCUACUUCAGUUCUUUCACAGAUGAUAUCAUCUCCCAACCUUUGCUUAAGGGUGAGAAGUCGGAUGAAGAUAAGGAUAAGGAAGGAGAGGCUUCCGAAGUAAAAGAAAACUCUGGCUAUUUGAGAGCAAAACAAUAUAUGGAAGAGGAGAACUAUGACAAAAUUAUCAGUGAGAGCACAAAAGAAAUUGAAGCAAAGGGAAAAUACAUGGCAGAAGCUUUGCUUCUGCGAGCUACGUUCUACUUACUUAUUGGCAAUGCAAAUGCUGCCAAACCAGACCUAGAUCAGGUCAUCAGCAUGGAAGAUGCAAAUGUGAAGCUCCGAGCUAAUGCUCUGAUCAAACGAGGAAGUAUGUAUAUGCAGCAGCAGCAACCUGCACUGUCCACUCAAGACUUUAACAUGGCUGCUGAUAUCGAUCCUCAAAAUGCAGAUGUUUACCACCAUCGAGGACAACUGAAAAUCCUACUUGACCAAAUUGAGGAGGCUGUGGAAGACUUUGAUGAAUGUAUCCGAUUGCGACCCGAUUCUGCCUUGGCUCAAGCACAGAAAUGUUUUGCACUGUAUCGCCAAGCCUAUACAGGAAAUAAUCCUUUGCCUGUGCAAGUAGCCAUGAAAGGCUUUGAAGAUGUCAUUAAGAAGUUUCCAAAGUGUGCUGAAGGCUAUGCUCUCUAUGCUCAGGCACUAACUGAUCAACAGCAGUUUGGCAAGGCUGAUGAAAUGUAUGAUAAAUGCAUUGAUCUCGAGCCAGACAAUGCCACAACAUAUGUUCAUAAAGGUUUACUUCAGCUUCAGUGGAAGCAAGAUUUAGACAAAGGUUUAGAACUCAUAAGCAAGGCCAUUGAAAUUGAUAACAAAUGUGAUUUUGCAUAUGAAACCAUGGGAACGAUUGAAGUGCAAAGGGGUAAUCUAGAUAAAGCCAUUGAAAUGUUCAACAAAGCUAUCAACCUGGCCAAAUCCGAAAUGGAGAUGGCCCACCUCUACUCACUCUGUGAUGCUGCCUAUGCCCAGACAGAAGUUGCAAAGAAGUAUGGAUUGAAACCACCGACACUGUAAAAACAAAACAAAACAAAAACAUAAAACAAGAGGAGGAAAUGACCUUCUAAAGUGAAGUUGCCCACUUCAGCCCUAAAGACGCUGUUGCAAACCAUGUUGAAUGGUGGAACUUAGUUUUUCCCGUUCGUGGUGUUGUCAUUUGCUACAUCCGUUAAAUGUUUAGGUGUUGUGGGAGUGGUUGUUCAAGGAAGUAUGCAAUGUUGCAUCUUGUUCCUUCUGCAGCAAAAACCUUAAAAUGUGUUAAGGGAAAUAAAGUUGCAGGGGAACAACUGGAAGAUAAUUUGGCCAUGCAAAUAAAAACUUUACAUUGCUUCAUUUUGGGUGAUUACGUUGUGGGCAAUUUUUGCUUUACCAAACAAUAUUACAGCAUGUUUUUUGUUUUUCUUUUUCCCCUGUUGAUUUUAAAGGUAAUACUAGUCAGUGCUGUAAAAUAGGUUUCUCUUUUAUAUGCAAUUAAUCCUUGAGGGUUGAUUUUAAUUUUGCAAAAGGAAAAAAAUAAUUUACAAACUGUUUAAUAAUAGGGAUUUUUUUUAAAGCCAGUAGCUGUGAAGAGAAUCCUGUAAAUAUAUGCAAGCAUGCACAAUCUUCCCUUAAAGCCCUUCCCACCCUCUGCACAACUACUUAGAAAUGGUCCUGUGGCAGCUAUUAGGGAAUUAAUUUGAUAGUCCUUAUCCUCACCCCAGAAAAAGCCAUAGUGUACUGUGUAGGAGAGCUAGUACAAAGGUUGUUGGGGGAGAGAGGUUAGGUUAACACUGCUUCGGUGUGCAUUUUACUGGAAGAAAGACCAUGUUCCCAUGCAGCAGUCCUUACUUGAAUGUCACGGGAAAUGGUUCUGGGAGGUUCUGAGAGACUUUCAAGAACAGAAAGCACUGCUGGGAGUAGAGCUGCCAAGGUAAGGUCAUGCUUGCGUAUAAUCUUUGUAAUCUCUCUCUGUUGCUGAAAUGUAACAGUUAAUAGACUGUCUAAAUUCUCUUCAUUCUCUAGAGCCUUCUGUGUUUUGUUCUAGUCCUUGUAAUAGCCCUCUGCAGGAUUAAGUAAGAUAAAGAACAAAGCAUAGUCUAAAACUUCAAAUAAUGGAUUAGAAUCUUUAUUGGUUACCUUGUUCUUCAGGCAGUGGAUUGUCCAAGAUUACAGAUAGUGUAGGAAGGAAGCAACUGGUUUGCAAAUAGCACAUUGGCAAGUUAUUAAAUACUGGUAUAAACAGUAUUCCUUGAACUAGGAACCUCACAGAGGGCUUCUCUUCUGCUUUGGGUUGAUCUUUCUGGUACUGAAGCCAGUCCUUUGUGCCUCUCCUUGGACUGAUGUGGCUGGAUAAACUUCACACAAAUUCUUAACUGAUGUUGCUUAAUUCACCAUACACGGAUCUGGACUUCUUCCCAUCUUAAAACCAUAGAUUUCCAUGUGCUGAAUUUUCUGAUGUUUUUCACCUCCUAAGGAAAUGAACCAAACUGUGAUCAAACUGUCUUGUUUUCUACUUGUGACGCCACAUAGCAGCAGCUCCUAUUUUCAGCUUGACCAUCGUUUCUCCCAGCAAAUAAAUUGAGAAUGAAAAUGGUAAGCAGUAGACAUGGAGAUUUAAUCCUUUUAUUUUAGCUAGCUUAGUAGGGAGAUCUGAAAUCGUAGUGUUGGUAUAGAGUUGAAGGCACUGGAAGGUACUUGCAGCUGCUAAUAAGGGUAUUGCACGUAACAAGUGUCAAAUGUCUUCUGGAACUUCCAAUUUCUGCAUCAGUUACCCGAGAACAAAAAUAUGCCAGGCUGACUGAUGUGUCCUGUUUUCCUGAGGAGUUUUUAUUCGCAUGGCCUUAUCUACAUUGGCAUUUUCUCCUCUUCACCCUACCUUACCCCAUUCCUGCCCCCACCAAAUCAAUUAAGGGAAAAAAAGCAUGUGCUGUCAAAUACUAGCAUUCCAAAUCAUCACAGACUCUUGCCUGUUCUUGAACUAGUUUGAAACUGCACUGAAAGGAUGCAUUGUCUGUAAUUUUUUGUAAAUGAUGUAUCACCUGUAAACUGAAAAAAAAAUAAAUAUUACCUUCAAGUAUUUCUCUCUGACAUGUAUAAGAACAGGUUUUGAUAAAAGUGUUCUCUAUACUUAUUUGUGAUUGCUCUGAAUCUAGGAAAGAAUUAAUAAUAACUGACUCCCUGUCAUCUCUCACUCGAACCUUUAAGAAAAGAGGAGACAUGGAAGGAACGAGCCUUAUCUCUGAUUGCUUCCAUCAGCUGCAGAGGUAUGAUCUUGAGAGCUGAAGAUUACAGGGGAAAGGAAAGCUGGGAAUCCGAGGAGCUGGCAUCCUGUUCAUGUGCAUCCUUGGUUGGAUUCUGCUCAGGCUUCCUUUUAGUGAAAGGGAAUUUAGUUUUUUUAAUGGCUGAUACAGAUGAGGUUUUGCUUUAUACCAGGUGUGCAUGUGAACCUUGAGAAAAGAUUUUUUUUAACUAUGUGUUGAGAGCUGAAGUUGAAACAAUUAUUGCUGCUAUUAAAAAAAAAAAAAAGGUGAAAUCAUGUAGGAAGUGUAGUACUGAAGACUUGGAUAAACUUGUGUCCUAGGGACUGUGGGAAGCUGUUUCUAUGCAUAGUUGUCAUGCAUCUUAAUUCUGAUCAUGUAAGAUUCCUGCUGUUCACCUUCAGAUAUAGAUAAGUUUGCCAAAAUGGAGAUUAGCAGUUGUGCCUUGUUUACCAGGAUCUAUGUGUAGAUUGAAAGUGAAGAAAGGAACUAGCAUACACUAAGGAUCUGUACCCUGAUUUGUUCUGGAACUGAGAGUGAGCCAGCUUAAAUACUAUUUUGAGCAGGCUUCCCCGCUGCAGUGGUAAUAACUCUCCCGCUGAAUUUAGUUAAAACAGGCAUUACUAUGUUUUCUACCAUGUCUUUAAAAUCCAUUGAAAUCCUUGCAGGCUGAACUUCUGUAGCCAUUACAGGGCUGCUGCUGGUUGCUUUUAUAUACUUAAAAUAUUGGUACAUAUGUAUAAUGUGGAUACUUAAAGUGCCUGUCUUCUGCCCCCAUAGGAUUGAGUACUGACUGCUUUAACUACUACCUAGCUGAGAACUGAUUGUGUCUUUUUUGUUUGCAACUCCCCCCAUAUUCACAGUCCACUGGUAUCACUUCUGAGGGAAUCUUACUGGAGACUCCUAAAAUGUCCUCCUAAGAAAAGGUGCUCAGAGCUGGUAUUGACAGACUGAAUGAGGCUGAACCCAUGUCACCUCUGAAGCUUAGCUCACCAAAGUAGCCCACUACAGAUUCUCACCCAUUCUCCAUUUGGAAGGCCAGGGGAGGACAGUACAUGCUAUGGAUUCUGUCUCAUUGUGGCAGGUUACAUCUUACACUUCCAAAAUUAAGUGGGUAGCCCUUGAGAAUCCUGCAUUUCUUUAAUCCUCCAAAGAUAAGUGUCUAGUUCCUGUUCUGCCGCAUAUUAAAAUAGUAUAGAGGUUGGGGGUGGUAGGGAAGACAGAUUGCAGUAGUUUAGAAAAAAUAUGGAUACAUAAUAGUUGCUGUGGUUUAGAAGUUAGAUUGCUGUGAUGGCCAUCAUUCAUGCUGGUUGUUGUGUAUGUGGCAGGUACUGAUUUAAUGCAGGAGACCUAACUCAAAUAGUAAAGUGUUACUUUUUUUUAUAUUUAUUUUUCAACAAAUAAAUCGUCAUUUCACCUUGC